AUGAAGAACAACGUUGCCAUCGCAGCAGCUGCGCUGCUCGGUGCCGCCAAUGCGGGAAUGCAUCGCAUGAAGCUACAGAAGGUACCCUUGGAGGAACAGCUUAGCGCUGCCAACAUUGGCGACCAUGUGAAUGCCCUUCGCCACAAGUAUUCCCAAUCUGUGAUGGGAGGUCCUUCGGAGGACAUCUUCAAGCACACAUCAAUCGAUCUUAAUAAGGGCCCUCAUGAAGUCCCCGUCGAGAACUUCUUGAAUGCUCAAUAUUUCAGCACCAUUGCCAUUGGAACGCCACCCCAAGAGUUCAAAGUCGUCCUUGAUACCGGCAGCUCCAAUCUCUGGGUCCCAAGCUCUGAAUGUGGCUCGAUCGCCUGCUACCUGCACCAGAAAUAUGACUCCUCUGCAUCCUCGACUUAUAAGAAGAACGGAUCUGAAUUCGGUAUCCGAUACGGAUCGGGCGAGGUGUCGGGAUUCAUCUCGAAGGAUGUUCUUCGCAUUGGAGACUUGAAGAUUCAGGAUCAGCUUUUCGGAGAGACUACCAACGAACCUGGUCUUGCGUUCGCUUUCGGACGUUUCGAUGGCAUUCUCGGACUGGGUUAUGAUACCAUUUCAGUCAACCACAUUCCUCCACCAUUCUACAAUAUGGUUGACCAGAAGCUCCUUGAUGAACCGGUCUUUGCUUUCUACCUUGGAAACACCGACGAUGGUACCGAGUCAGAGGCUACGUUUGGUGGCAUUGACAGCUCCCACUACACUGGCAAGUUGAUCAAGAUUCCACUUCGCCGCAAGGCCUACUGGGAAGUCAACCUUGACUCGAUUACCUUUGGCAAGGAGACUGCCGAUCUUGACAACACUGGCGUUAUCCUUGACACCGGCACUUCCUUGAUUGCUCUUCCAUCCACCCUUGCCGAGCUGCUCAACAAGGAGAUCGGGGCUAAGAAGGGAUUCAAUGGACAAUAUACGGUUGAAUGUGACAAGCGCGAUUCGCUUCCAGACAUUAGCUUUACCCUGAGUGGUUAUGAUUUCUCGAUUACUGCCUACGACUAUAUUUUGGAAGUCCAAGGAUCCUGCAUCUCCAGCUUUAUGGGCAUGGAUUUCCCAGCUCCCACCGGGCCCCUUGCCAUCCUCGGUGACAGCUUCUUGAGGAAAUGGUACAGCGUCUACGACCUCGGCAAUGAUGCUGUUGCUUUGGCCCAAGCCAAGUAG